AUGCCUAUCCGAUCACUCGCAUCACCAAUGGUCCAGGCACGAUCAACGCUCCUCCAAUCCAUCUCCCAGUCUACUCGAUCUGCCUCAAGCUCGAAAUCUUCUCGCAACACAGAAACACCUAAAGCUCCCUCACAAACCACUCCCUCCGAACUCGCCGAGCUCAAGCACCUCCAGGCACCCGCCCUGCUCCGUUCCUACGCCUAUACUCUCAAGACCGGCACCGUCGAGUCAGUCGGACGCAUGGAACGCACCGUUAGUGUGAUUCAGCGCCACACCGCCUGGAACCAGCAGAUUGGAAAAUACUACCCCCAGGAGACAAGAUACCUAGUCUCUGAUCCCCGCAACUCGCUGCGCGAGGGCGAUGUGAUUGAGUUCUCUUCCGGAGCUCCUAAGAGCCGCCGCGUGCACCACGUCAUUGAGCGCAUUAUCACUCCUUUCGCCGUGCCAAUCGAAGACCGACCGGCUGUUCUGUCCCGUGAGGAGCGCGAGCAGGAGCGCGAGCGUCGAUGGGCGGAGAAGUACGUGCGUCGAGAAUCGCGCCGAUUGGGCAAGGAGGUUAACCUGUCUCAACUGGCGGAGGCUAUGAAUAUUGAAAAAGGAACCUCGGACGCUCACAUUAUUCAUCAGAUUCAUAAGGGUAAUGAGCGGAUCGGAAAGGUGAAGAAGUUGGUGUUGGAGAGAACUACUGGAAGCCCAGCGCAAACUCCUGCUGAGGCUCUGUGA